AUGUCGAUCUCACCGUUGGAUAUCACAGCCCUCAAGCAGAGGUACGAAAAGGCGGGCCAGUCGCAUCUUUUCGCUUUCUGGGACACCUUGUCUGCUGAGCAGCAAGCUGAGCUCGCUCAACAGCUCGAUGAACUCGACGUGGCGCGCGUCAACCAGGUCUUUCACACCGCCAUCAAGGCAGACGAAGAGGCGAGGGCGGGCAAGUCGCAUCAGGUCUCACCACCUCCCCCUUCCUCCGUCGAGAACACCAUCGAGGGCGAGGCCGACCCCGCCAAAGUUCAACAUUUCAGGACCGUCGGUCUCAAUGCCAUUGCCCAGGGCCACGUUGGUGUGCUCUUGAUGGCUGGUGGCCAGGGUACGCGACUCGGCUCGAGUGCUCCCAAAGGCUGCUACGACAUUGGCCUCCCUUCCCACAAGAGCCUCUUCCAGAUCCAGGCAGAGCGCAUCCUCCGUCUUCAAACCCUCGCUGCCAAGCACUCUAGCAGCUCUGCCGGCUCUUCCAGCUCAUCUUCGGUCGUUAUUCCGUGGUACAUCAUGACUUCUGGACCGACACGCCAGGACACCGAAGCCUUUUUCGCGCAGAACAACUACUUCGGUCUCGAGCAGCAGAACAUCGUCUUUUUCGAGCAGGGCACGCUUCCUUGCCUUUCUCUCGAGGGUAAGAUCCUCUUGGAGACAACCAGCAAGGUCGCGACGGCUCCUGACGGCAACGGCGGUCUCUACCGCGCUCUCCGCACGCCAUACAACAAGGGUCAUCCCGAGACGGUCAUCUCGGAUCUUGAAAAGCGCGGCAUCAAAUACCUUCACGCGUACGGUGUCGACAACUGCCUCGUCAAGGUUGGCGACCCGAUCUUCCUCGGUGUCUGCUUGCAGCAGGGCGUCCAGGCUGGCGUUAAGGUCGUCAAGAAAGAGAAUCCCAAGGAGUCGGUCGGCGUCGUCGCUCUGCGCGAUGGCAAGUUUGGCGUUGUCGAGUACUCGGAGAUCCCCGAAGCACUGAGCGAAGCACGCGAUGCCAACGGCGAGCUCUCGUUCCGUGCGGCCAACAUUGUCAACCACUUCUACACCACCAAGUUCCUCGCAGACGACGUCCCGGCAUUUGAGCCCGAGAUGGCGUUCCACAUUGCACGCAAGAAGAUCCCCACCGUGGAUCUGACCACGGGCCAGCCGGUUAAGCCCUCGACACCCAACGGCAUGAAGCUCGAGCUGUUUGUGUUUGACGUCUUCCCCUUUUGCGGCGACAAGCUUGCUGUGCACGAAGUGGCAAGGCAGGAGGAGUUCAGUCCGCUCAAGAAUGCAAAGGGGACGGGCGUGGAUGAUCCGGACACGUCGCGCCGCGAUCUGCUUGCUCAGCAGCGAAGAUGGCUGAUCGCUGCGGGUGCCAAGGUCGCUGAGGGGGCCGAGGUGGAGCUUAGUCCGCUUGUGACAUAUAGCGGCGAGGGGCUCGACAGGUUUGCUGGCCAGACUUUGUCGCGCUCUGGUAGCAUUGAGCCUUAA